CGUUUUUUCCGCGCAGGAGAAGAACAAGCGCUCCAUGAGCCCCGCGACCAAGGACGAGGGGGGACCCUUCAAGUCAUCGAGACCUCCAUGCACCUCCAUGAAGCCAACCGAGCGACCGACGAAGAUGCGCUCAACCUCGCGGUAGAGCUGUUCAACAAGCAUGCGACCGCGCUGGGCUUGAGCCACGUUGAUGAAGAUAUGUUCAUGGACUUGGCGACGCUGCUCCCGCGCCUCCCCGUGCUCGAGAAGAUGCUGACGCAGAUGAGCUGCGAAGUGUUGGUCGUAGAGGAUGCGCCUACGGACGACCAGGACGUUUGGGUCACGGUCCGCUCGAGCGGUCACAAAUAG